AUGUGCUUCAAACCCACUCCCCAUCCGAGUUCAGUGUCACCAGUUCGCAUGCCGAGUUCAUCUUCAACAGUGGUGAUCGCCGGCGGUGUUCUUUCGAGCACGGACACAGUUCUUUCUGCCAUCUUCAUCCCAAUCUUUUUCCUCAUCGGCCUCUUCUUCCAUUUUCGCAUCUUUCGUGCGUAUCAGAAAAAGUUCAUCUGGAGCGGCCUCUGUUUCAGCUACUGCAUGGCAAGGAUCGUCGCUCUGGCCUUGCGUAUUGCCAUUAAUCCGACAAGCAAAUCCCUGAAUAUCGUUGCACAGAUUCUGGUAGCUGCAGGCGUGGCACUCCUGUUUGUUGUCAACUUGCAAAUGUCCCGACGAUUCUUUGGUCAACUUCACCCUCACCACGCUGUGAUAGUCGAACGCUUGAUAACAGGGAGCGUUAUUGCAAUACUCCCUACUCUAGUGAUGGUAAUCACCACAGUCAUCCAAUCCUACCUUACACACGACCGUCACAUCCUGUCUAUCGACCGUACAAUCCGCCUGGUCGUGUCCUGUAUUUUUACCAUCCUUCCCUUCAUUCCCAUCCCUGUUGUCUGCAUCGUCCUGGGAUUGAAGAUGGCAUCACCAGGAGGCCUCAAUGGUCCUAACACAACCAUCUCCGAUGAAGAGUCGCCGACGAACAAACCCAAUGAUCUCGAAGGGUUUGAAUUGGCCAAUUCGAGUGGCAUGCUUAGUGUCGAUAACGAUACACUUGCCGACUCGGCCACAGUCGGAGAGAAGAAGGAUAGCCCCGCGCAGGUGACUAUGCGCCAACGCGGAGAGCCAGAGACCGGUUUUGGCCCGGUUCCGGCAUCGCGCAAGGCGAUUCUCGAAACGGCUGCGGUCAUCGUCAUCCCGGCAAUUCUCCUUACGUUUGAGCAAGGCGUUCGAACUGCGCAAGCCUUCUAUGUUCAUCAGCCUGGUCAAGCUAUACCAUGGCACAUGACCAAGGCCGCUUUCUGGAUAUGCAUCUUCGGUUUGGAAGUAGUUUCGGUGCUCAUCUUUGGACUCGCUCAACUACCGCAGAGGUUUAGCCAUUUGCGGAUUCUUUAG